AUGCUCGCUCGUUCUUCACCAGCCACCUACGUCUCCCGACCUCGAGCUCUCCUCAAAAACCUGAACACCCCCACUUACAACUAUCGUAUCCUCCACAAUCUCGCCUUCUACAUUACACGCCCACGCCCACGCCCACGAACCCAACCCACGACACCGCACCCUCGCCUCACCCCACGAUCGCACACAAUCCCACGACACUUACCCUUCUCAACAUCCACCACCAUGGCCUCCGACGACGCCUACAUGGAUUUUCUGAACAAAGCAAACGCCGAUAAAGAUGCAGGUGCAGGCCAAGCCCCGGCGCAAGGGACCCAAACAAAAACAGUCGACACCUCGUUCAAGCUUCCGGCUUCCCUGAAGGACGUUGAUAUCUACUACGUCUCCGAUGCAGAUGAGCCAUUUGAACCUGUUCUCCUACGCUGGGAGGGUGCUGCAAAGGGUGAAUGGCCUAGUGCUGACGCCUUUUCCUCCUUGAUUUCGCCCAAUAAAGAUAUUUCGCAGGGGAUUUCUACGCUCUCUCAUUCUUCCUUCGAUCCUAAGAAUCAGUAUAGCGAGGCGGUGGAGGCGGUGCGUGCUGCUGCCUCGAAUAGUGAUAUUAAGGUUUACCGGGUUGAGAUUACGAGUACGAAGCUGGAGUACUUUUUAGUUGCGCUGGAUGAGAGUGAAGGGGGACGGGUUAUUGGGUUGAAGGCUAAGGCUGUUGAGUCUUAG